ACAGGUCAGGUUAUUCUACAUACUCUACUGAUUAUUCCUAUAGCAGAUUAAUAAUAAUGUUGCCGGUCAAGAGACAACCCUUCCGCUUCAAGCUGCUGACUGUUUACCGUGCAAACACAUCACCGGAGCACCAUGGUCAACAAAAGAUAAUGCUCGCAUACACAAUAAAUGCAAAUUAUGAAUGAAACUAGGUAUAGUAAGAAAAUAGC